ACUGACACUGAACCGCCGACCGUCGGCGUGCGAGGCAGCGCAGCGGCUGAGGAGCGGCAGAGGAGGAGCAGCGGCGGCAUGGAAUUGGAAUUGGUGGGGCCGGAGCUGCUGCUGCCGGCGCUGCCGCCAUCGGCGUCGCGUCAGUUGGUGCGCAGGCGCAGUGGCCGCAAGGAGUCGGCGGCGACCGCCAGGAGUCAGCGGCACAGGAGUGCCGCCCCCACGUCCUCCUCCGCCCCCCUCUCGGCCCCCACUUCCGGCGCCAAGAGGAGCCGACCUCCGCCGCCCGCCGGCGGAAACAUCGCCAUGGUGCAGCCCAGCAGUAACACCACCAGCCAGAGCCGGCGGGAUAGGGAUGCCCAACGGAUGCCACUGGUCCCCAGGCCACCGCGGCAAGUACUCUCCGCCAGGGUCCUUGGCCUCUCCAAUCCCUAUAAGGAAGACCAGCCCGCCAAGGAGCGUCGAUCGGUGGCACAGCGGAGUCGUCGACCGGAGGUCAAGACCCGGAAUCAGUUCCAGUACACUCAGCCGCAGCCGCAGCCACCACCCACUCUUCGAAGACCUGCUCCUCCGCCUGCAGCUGCUCGCAAGACCCGCCCAUGCCUGCGGACCGUCCGCGCCAAGGUCGACUCCUACCUGUGUCCCCACCUCGCCGGCCCCCCAAGCCCACCCCCUCAACGCGCUCAGCCCACUCAAUUCGCUCAUCCCCUGAAGAAGAAGUCCAUGGCGGAGGCCCACCAGCACUUGGAGCUGCUGCUCUCGCGGAUCGAGCGGUCCGGCGACUAUCAGCCACCCCCUCCGCCCGCCGACCUUGCCCGGAGGAGGGGCGGCCCCAAGGUCGCCAAGGGGGCCAGCCGCCAGAUGGCGCAGCCACCACCAGUGCCAGCUGGUUCGCCAAUGCUCAGCGCUCGGGGGAACUACGGCGGAUCGCGAUCCUAUUCAAGGAUCGCCAUUGGGUCUGCAGAGGAUCAGGGUCGCGAUCACCUGCCCCAUGUCGUACCGCUCGUCCAGAACCCGCAGUGCCUGCCGCCGGAGAAGCGGGAUGCGCUGCUGGAGCUGCUGCAGCGGACCGGGCAGCACGACAAGGGCGUCGUGGACAUUGUGGCCAGCUCCACCGGAGAUCCCUCCCGGGACACCAUGCUCAUGCUGCUCCAGAUGCUACCCCUUAGCCUGGACGAGUCCCCUUAUAGGGAGAAGUUCUGGGAGGGGCAUCGGUACCUGAAGGAGCGCCAGGAGCUGCGCCAGAAACUGCGUCCCGGCGACGAGCGCUUCAAGGAGGUGAAGGUCCUGCGAGGUCCCGAUGGCCGGAUGUUCUUCUCCCGCACUCUGGAGGAGGAGCUGAAGGACGAGAAGAAGGUGCUGGAUUACAUGGAGAUGGAGCUGCAAAAGCAGGGCCCAGGGCGGCAUCAGUCAGGCGGGAAUUUUCUGGGGCAAUCCCUGGAUUAUCAUCCGCUGAACGAGCGCCAGGAGCAGGCGAUGCGGGAGCGGAUGGAGCUGGAGCGGGAGAAGCAGCUGGUGAUUAACUGUCGGGAGCAGCGACGCCACAAGGAUCAGCUAAGGGAGCAGCAGAGUUCAUGGGCGGCAGGGGGAGCUCCGCCCCAGGAGCAGUCCCCUCAUCUCCGGGAAAUUCAAUCCGAGAACGCAACUGAUCCUAGCCCCACUGACCCGUGGAAGCAGCUCGUCCAGGAUCGGAACCGCUUCCAAGCCCACUGCAAUCGCAGCUGUUUCUACAAUAAUUCGCGCAGCUCAGCGCCAUGGAAAAUAUAUGCCAAAGUGGCCAGCAAGCUCAGCUCGCAGCUUAUUGAAAGCGUGGAUGUCGAAUUUUAUCGCAGUGUGGCUAAUUAUGUCAAGGACUUUGUGGGCUACAAAUGCAACAAUAUAUAGGUCCACCCACCAUCAUAUGCGACUUUCCUCAUCACUGCCUAACUUGUUAUCAUAUUUUACAGAAGUAGACCCACAACUUUUUACCACUUACUACUCUUCUACACAAAUCGACAAAUUGUAAGUGUAGUACAAAUUUAAUAUUUUAAAAAUUGUAUGAAAAAAAAUUAAGCUAAUAAAAAAUUAUUGUAUGUAUGAA